AGAAACUAAGUCUGCGAUAACUCAGUAUGAGUUAAAAUCGGGUUGUACUACAUUUGUGUUACAGCAUUUGUUUUCUUCUACGUUGAUGACACCCUAUGACACAAAAAUGAUCGUUAGCACGUUUCUCUCUCCCCACCAGCAGCUACAGUUUUAUCAGAGAUGGCAAGCAGGGUGUGAUGCAGCUGCUGCAAUUCCUAGGCACCAGGGGAAUCCUCUCUUUGGGGUAACAACUCAAAUGCUUAUGGGAACGGGUCCUUUUGAACGGGCAGACAGGCAGGUACAAUUUGUCAACGAAGUAUUACAGCUCAGUCAGGAGCUGGCACAAAAAGCAAUACAGGCAGUGCAUGAUGAUGAGACAGGUCCGUCUUUUACUACAGUACAGCAGGGGCCAACAGAGCCAUUUGGCAAGUUUAUUGAUCGGUUGCAUCAUGCAAUUAAUACCCAUCCCGACCUAGAUGAGAACAUGAAGGCCAAAUUUUUGAACAUGUUAGCCUAUGCCAAUGCCAAUGAAAAAACUAAACGAGCUUUGAGUGUCCUGCCACGAGGUUCUACGACGGCUCAGUUAUUAGAAGCUGCAGACAGAAUGAUUCAACAGGAAAAAGCUGCUGACGUGGCUACAGCGGUCGGAGCCGAAGUGAAGCCGUUGAUGCAAAAGGGAAAUAAACCAGGCAAAAGGAAGACAGAGAAAAAAUGCUAUAACUGGGGGAAAAAGGGACAUUUUAAAGCUCAGUGUCCUGCAGGUCAGAAGGGUGGGCCUCAAGGAGCUGCUGUUCCAAAGUGGUGUGAAAAUUGUCAGAAAGAUAACCAUAACACGCACGAGUGUAGGCGAAAGAGAAACAGGAGGCUGAGUGCGUGGACCCCUCGCGCGAUGAACAGCAAGUCAGGGUGCCUGGACAGCUGCCGCGCAGCCACCACCGGCAGCGCCAGAGUGGACUUGGCAACAGCAGUAGAUGUCACUCUCGAGACACAAGAGGAUUGAUUGAUGCUGAUUAUUU